AUGGUUGCGGCAAUGCUCAGAGCAGUUUAUGCGACGUUGUGUUUGAUACGUAUGCCGAUAGCCGUGCUGAGCAUCAUCGGUAAUUCGAUCGCUGUUGUGAUCGUUUUGCGAUUUCGUUCGAUGCGUUCGAAGACGUGUAAUCGUCUGAUAGCACAGCUAGCUUCUGCGGAUGUUCUAGCAGGUAUUUCCUCGUUGCUUCAUGUAACAAUUCAAGAACUGCAUAAGCGUUCAAACGAGACCACGUAUGAUGCCACACUGUGUGUGUCGAUUGGUGCGCCAGGGAUAUUCUCAUUACAUUUAAGUCGAUUGACAAUGUUUUUCAUAGCUAUCGAACGUUUUCUUUGUAUCAAGUUCCCGUUGGAAUAUCGCAAAAUGGUCAGUUCAUAA